AUCGAACCAAAGGAUCAUCAUCAUGGCAACUCCACUCGCCGAUGCGGUGAUCGUGGGGUACUGCGAUCUCUCGGCGGCGGGACUUCGACUGCUGCACCAUGUGUCCAUUGACGACACGCAUGUCGUCGAGGAGACGGUGUAUGUACACGGGUUGCCGCUUCUCGUCCGCAACUUUGUCCACCCCGACACCAAACGGCCGCACGUGUCAAUCCUUGUGGUGCCCGAACCCGUCGCCACCGAUGAUUGUACGUUGUUUUGUGCUGAAAUCGUCGACUUGCUUCAAGGAAGCAAGCAAGUCCUCGUCUUGAGCUCCCUCAACCUCCCCAUGUCAUCGGACCAAGAGAAGUGUGUGUACUGGUCGCAAGUCCAUGCCACAACUCCGUUGAACCUCCCCGACUUGGACUUCGAGCCCAUUCCCGAAAACAGUCGAUGGACCAUCAAAGAUCAAUUCCUCAGCACCCUCCUGCACUUUCUUCAUGUGGAGUACCUCCCCGUCACCCUCGUCGUCGUGCGCGGGUACAAGUUUUCGUCUUCUCGCAACGACGACGGCACGGCCGAGAUCCUCGUCAAGCUCGGCCACGCCGCGCCCCUCGUGAUCCAAGCGCUGAACAUGGCGUCGAAGGUGGCGUUCGACCUUCACGCCGCAGCAGCCAUGACAAACCAUCUGUCCACCGCGACCUCGGCUCCGUUCUCCAACCUGUCGUUGCUGUACAAUUAAGUCGCCAAUAUACUUCGCGACAGUAAAUCGCCGUCACUUCGAAUGAACUCUUGUCACAUGUGCAU